GGGAGGCGAGAUGAUUCCCGAAGUCAACUGGGCAAUCCCUAAGUGGGCGAGUCCAGAGGAGACGGAGCUGUGAUUUUAUUGGCUUCUGGCUGUCUGGGAGGUGGGGCGAGGCCUGAGGGGCGGAAGAAAACCUGGGAGGUCUCAGGCCAGCCGGAGCUGCACUGGAGCUGCUGGGGCUCUUGGUCCCUUCACCUGACCUCCGGUGCUCCAACGGUGGGAUCAGAUGGGGGGGGUCCGGGGGUGCUUUGGGAUGUUUCUAGAAUAUCUCAGGUUUCCGGAUGAGGGCUCUUGAAUGUCUGCAGAGCUAGGGUAAUCCCUGAAGACCUAGGAAUGUGAACUUGAGCUGCUGGGAUUCAAGCUUCUGGGGUACAGUGGACAUUGGUGUGUAGAGAGAGCCUUUUGUUCUAGGAUUUGGGUUUUGAGGCAAGGCGUCCUGUGUCUCUGGUUGGCCUCCACAUCCUGACUCUCCUGUCUCUACUUUUGUGCUGGAAUGACAGGAGAGAGCCAGAGCCUGUUUUAUGAAGAGCUGAGGAUGGAACGCAGGACUUCCUGCACGUGAGGCAAGCGCCUUGCCCCCUGAGCCACUAGCCCAGCUCCAGCCUGAGAUGUUUGUUUACAUAUUGAGAGAUAGCCUCACUGUAUCUCAGGCAGUCCUCAAACUCAGUGAUUUUCCUGCACCAUCCUUUGAUAUAUUGGGAUUACAACUGUGAGUAACCAGGCCGUUUCUAUGUUUUUAAACACUUUUUGGAAUUGAAUCUUUUUCUAACCUUGAGCUAGAAAACUGGCAAUCCCCGUCUCCGACUUCCAAGUGUUGGGGAUUUACAGGGCGGCAGAAUGGAAGAAGGUGAGGACCCAGGAAGUCUGAUUAAAGUGAUCCACUUGCUGGUCUUGUCUGGUGUCUGGGGCAUGCAGAUGUGGGUGACCUUUGCCUCAGGCUUCCUGCUUUUCCGGAGCCUCCCGAGGCACACGUUUGGACUUGUGCAGAGCAAGCUCUUCCCAGUCUAUUUUCACGUCUCCUUGGGUUGUGCCUUCAUCAACCUCUGCAUCUUGGCACCACAGCGGGCCUGGAUCAACCUCACGCUGUGGGAAAUCAGUCAGCUUACCCUACUGCUUCUGAGUCUCACACUGGCUACCAUCAAUGCUCGCUGGCUCGAGGCUCGCACCACAGCUACCAUGUGGGCCCUGCAGAGUAUAGAGAAAGAGCGAGGCCUGGGGACAGAGGUGCCAGGCAGCCUCCAGGGCCCUGACCCCUACCGCCAGCUGCGGGAGAAGGACCCCAAGUACAGUGCUCUCCGGCAGAAAUUCUUCUACUACCAUGGCCUGUCUUCCCUCUGCAACCUGGGGUGUCUGCUGAGCAAUGGUCUCUGCCUUGUGGGCCUCGCCCUGGGGCUCAGGAGCCUCUAACAUGGGCCCUGUGUUUCAAUAAAUGUUUCUUUGGAGAUG